AUGAAGGAGAAAAAAUUUCAGUACGGCGCAGAGAAUCCCUUUACAUUGCUUCACGAUUACAUGGGCCACUUGCUGUCGUGGGAAAAUACGUCCGGCUUUGAGCACACAUCGAACACGCCGAUCAGCGACGAUGCUGACAUUUGCGCAUUUGCGUACACCCUCAUUAAGCCCACCAGACCGUACGAGAACAACGAUUUCCACAUUACGCUUAAAGUGGUCAACAAAAAGAAUAGUUCACUGGAUUCCGUGAAAGUUUCACUGGAAAUGACCCGGAAUGGUGUCACUACAGCACUGAUACAAUUCCGACAAAGCCCAGCGAUACUAAAUGGAAUUGGUACUGUUGAUGGUACUUCCAGACUAUUAUCAAAUGCAUCAUUUACUGCUCGUUGGAAGCUGAAACCGGUGAACAAUGUGCGGCUGACUCAUGAUGCUCAGUAUCAGGUCUCUGGUCCUUUAUCCUGA